AUGAACGACGCCACCACUUCGCUCCUCGCGGAGCACUUUAGCUACACGCCUCUGCCUAGAGUCGGGCCUGAUAAACACCCCCCGGAGCGUUUGGGCUUCGCGCACGCGAGCAACGGCUCCACCAUCCCCGACACGGACGAGGAUGGCAAUGUUGUCUACCCCGAGGCGAAGCUGGAGAUUGAGAAUGGUCUCCACCAGCUGGAGACGCUGCUUGAAGCCAAUGUUGACAAGGCAUUUGACAAGUUCGAAAUCUACGUGCUGAGGAAUAUUCUCACCGUGCCCGAGGAUCUUCUGUCCUCGGUGAGGCUGAAGCAUUACGAGGUUCGUGGACCAUGUUUGUUUUGGCAAGAAACCGUGUUUAACCAGAUUAUUAUGCAGAACCUCUCGUUCGCCCCUUCACCCGACGCCCCCACACCAGAAACCAUACUUGCGCAGCGCAAGAAGCUAAUCGAGACCCGCAAACUAAGUCGGUCAUUGAAAGAUGAAUGCGCUCGGAACGACGUGGUUAUUUCCCAAUUGCGAUCGAUUCUCUCCACUGUUGAAAACGCCAAAACCGAAGGUGGCGCCGACGCAACAGAAAACAAAGAAAACAACCUGCCGGAUUUGUCCUUCUUGACCUCCAGUCCCGCCGCGCGCCAGCUACGGGUUGGCGUUGCGGCUGGGUCUAACACCAAGCAUACGCCUCUCACGACCAACACUACCUUCAUUCUUUCUCAACUUCCAGCUCUCCAAACAACUCUGGAACAGCUCCGUCCUAGAUUGGCAGCACUACCGCAAGCAUCUGUGGCCAGGGAGGCCAAGUCUAAGAGAGACGAACGCAAAGAAUACAUCGAGAGCCGAAUCAGACUGCACCUGGAGCGCGCCGGACAGCUUGCUAUGGGUGAUGAUGGACAUCCAAUGGUCGCCGGUCGCCGGAUUGACAUCUCGGAAGCCCAUGCACUGGAGAAUGUUGCAAGCAUGCUUACACACCAAAAGAAGGCAUGA